GUUCAGGAUCUCUUCACUCUCGACGACAAGAUUCCUGGCGACUCACCCAUGUCUCUCUGCCCAAAUCAAGACCAUUCUCUUGAUAUUCUCAACGUCACCUUCAUCAACACUUCGCCGAAUCCUCCUGUUGCUGGUGAGGUAAUGACCGUCGAUGCUGCGGGCCUGGUCAAGCAGGAGAUUCGCAACGGGAGUUAUAUCGACCUAGAAGUCAAGUACGGCUUGAUAAGAUUGAUCAAACAGCAGUUCGAUCUCUGCGAACAGUUGAGCGAGCACGUCGGCAUACAGUGCCCGGUUGCUCCAGGUGAACUGCAAGCCACCAAGGAGGUUGAGUUGCCAAAGCAAAUUCCCCCCGGUCGUUACGCGGUCACCGCUCGUGUCCUUACUCCGGAUGACAUUCAGAUUACUUGCAUGACUGCCACUGUCGUGUUCAGACCCGGAAGACGUGCUGUACUUGAGUGGAAUUAAGGCUAGCAGUAGCUGCUCAUAUCAUUCAGGGUAUCAAGUAUAGUAGUGUUAAUUGGACUUGUCCAAGGAACGUAUCGCAUUCUUCCUUCCCUCACACAUACUUCUGCGUAACCACGGCUCCAACCAAGCCAGCUUCCUUCACAGUCUGACUCUUGUCCGUCAACUCCCUGUUGGGGAAUGUAGUCUGCAACACAAAACUCCUUCCAGUCUCACCAGGCCUGCUGGCGUCGAUAAACGAGUAAAUAUCACCGACAGUGUGUGUGUGAUUGAACUUGGUCACAAGACGUGUACCAUCCGCCAAUCUGAUCUGAACAGUGCCGUGCGGGGCGGAGGUAUCAAUCUGGAAGUUGGAAGCAGGAGUGGAUCCUCGACUAGGUGCCUGGGUGGAACGAGCAGGCGUA